AUGUUCACAAACUCGACAAAGACGCAGCUGCGAAUAACCCUGGCGUAUGCGCACAUCGCGGAUCUGCGGCGACAGAGCCUUCAGCGCGGCCACCGUCACCGUCUGCUCGAGCAUGCCAACGUAGAGACAGCGUCGCUGCUUCUCCUCUGCAACGACGAGAGUGCAGAAACCCCGGAGGGGAAAAAAUCCAAAAAGGAGAAGAAAGAUAAGAAGCGAAAGCUGAAGGAGGAAGAGGAAGCUACCGAGGAGACUCCGAAGAAGAAGAAGAGCAAGAAGGCUGCGGCGGCGCAGGAGGAAGACGAGGAAGCGGCAGUCACAGAGGAGACACCAAAGAAGAAGAAGAAGAAGUCGAAGGAAGCAAAGGAACCUGUAGAGGCAGAGGAGGAGGAGGCUGGCGCGGAAACCGAAUCGGCGAAGAAGAAGAAGAAGAAAAAGAAGAAGGAAGAAGUCGAGGCGACAGAAACCAAUGGCGACGCUGCGUCAGACGACAGUGCGACGGCAAUCGGAUCCAUCGAGAUCACACUGGAAGGAGAGAAGUUGUCGACAGCACACGAUGUCUCGUUCUACUUCCGCAAUGCCGGAAUUCACCUGAGCAAAGUGGACAUGGAGGACGGCAAAGCGACGGCCACGCUGACGGUGAAGAAGAAGGCGGCGGCGGCGGGUUCGAAGGUGCUGUUCAUCAAGAACAUUCCGGAAGGCACGGUGAAGGCCGAUCUCGAGAAGCUGUUCCCCACAGCGCUGGACUGCCGACUGCCGAUGACGUACAAGGGGUUCUGCCACUGCGACUUUGAGUCGGAGGAGGCGGCCCAGAAGGCAAUGACGGAGAUGCAGGACGCCGACUUCAAGGGAAACAAUCUCUUCGUGGCGCUGGCGACACCGCGCGCACCCCAGAGCGAUUUCGGGGGCGGCCGCGGUGGUUUCGGCGGUCGCGGUGGAUUCGGCGGCGGCCGUGGCGACUUUGGAGGAGGGCGAGGCAGGGGAGGCGGUGGAUUCGGUGGACGACAACAAUCGGCUGAUGGCAACACGGUGUUUGUGAAGAACCUUCCGGACGGGACGCAGCGGGAUGAUCUGUACGGAAUCUUCCCGACCGCUGCCGACUGCAGGGUGCCGCGAGAGUUCAAGGGGUACGCGUACGUUGAGUACGGAAGCGUCGACGAUGCGAAGAAGGCGAUCACCGAGUUGCAGGGAUACUCGUUCCAGGGCCGCUCUCUCUACCUCGACAUGGCCUCGCCACGGCCACCACCCGACGCAGGCGGCGGGUUCGGCGGAGGUCGUGGCGGCGGGUUCGGGGGUCGCGGCGGCGGCGGUGGAUUCGGCGGUCGCGGAGCGAGUUUCGGCGGCAGGGGAGGACGAGGCGGCGGUUCACCGGCGUUCACCGGCACGAAGAAGACGUUCGACUGAGCGACCCCGGCCACCAGGAUUCAAGGAGGAGGCAGGGAUUGGCAGGAAACAUCCCCGCUCCGGCAGCGGUUUUAAAAUUUGUAACAUAUCCGUUCGCGCGGGUCGAAGGAGGCAGGGAUAUUUUAGCGCGGGGGAUGCUUUUGGCAUGGGGCUGCCUCGGGAAAGCGAGGUGGUGAGAGUUAACAAUGCAGCCGUCGUCAGGUAGAUGUGAUGAAGGCGUCGGUUGCGCCGUAGAUAAAUAUCUUUGUCAAAGUGCUUUUGCGUAUCGAUGGAAAAAAUACGCUCCGUAUUCGUGGAAAGUUCCGACAGAGUUUUCAGGCAAAAAAAUAUCCGGGAGAAAGGAAUGCGGAUUUCGGGAAUCGCCCCGCACUCGCGCACGAAGCCGUCUCUUCGUAUUGCUAAAGCGAAAUCCUGCUGCGAGUCGUUCGUACUGGAAGCUGUAGCUUCCUCUUCUAAUCGUGUCUGUCAUCGUGUUGCACAUUCCAUCGGGUCAGUCAUUGUAAAGGUCGCGAGGCACGUUGUUCCGACCGCGAAACUGUAUUAUAAUCGGAUGGAUGUAGUUGGAUGAUUGCACGCUGGACUCUCUCCUGUUAGUACUUCAAAGGCCUGUUCGACCGUCUGCCAACACGUGUGUAAGGUUGAGGUGUCAAUUGCAAUAAAAUAUUGUACAGUUACAAUGCAGAA